GCAGGCUCCUGCGGGGCUGGGGCUGGGGCAGGGCGGGUGGCGCAGAGCCGUACCCUCCCGUCCCCGCGUCUCCACCGGGCGCCGAGGGCGGGGAGGAGCCCGGGGGGCUCCCAUGAAGCGGCGGAGGAUGAACAAGCUCUACAUCGGCAACCUCAGCCCCGCCGCCACCGCCGAGGACCUGAAGCAGCUCUUCGGGGAGAGGAAGCUGCCCCUGGCCGGCCAGGUCCUGCUCAAGUCGGGCUACGCCUUCGUGGAUUACCCGGACCAAAACUGGGCCAUCCGGGCCAUCGAGACCCUCUCGGGGAAAGUGGAGCUGCACGGCAAAGUGAUGGAAGUGGAUUAUUCCGUGCCCAAAAAGCUCAGGAGCAGGAAGAUCCAGAUCCGAAAUAUCCCCCCCCACCUGCAGUGGGAGGUGCUGGAUGGCCUCUUAGCUCAGUAUGGGACGGUGGAGAACGUAGAGCAAGUCAACACAGACACAGAAACAGCUGUUGUCAACGUAACGUAUGCAACUAAAGAAGAAGCAAAAGUAGCAAUUGAGAAGCUGAGUGACCACCAGUUUGAGAACUAUUCCUUCAAGAUUUCCUACAUCCCGGAUGAAGAGGUGAGCUCCCCUCCGCCCCCGCAGCGAUCCCGUCGUGGGGGCCACUCUUCCAGGGAGCGGGGCUCCUCCCCAGGGGGCUCCUCGCAGCCCAAACAGCUCGAUUUCCCACUGCGGAUGCUGGUGCCCACGCAGUUUGUUGGUGCGAUCAUAGGAAAGGAGGGCUUGACCAUAAAGAACCUUACUAAGCAAACCCAGUCCAAGGUUGACAUCCAUCGGAAGGAGAACGCUGGCGCCGCUGAAAAGCCCAUCACCAUCCAUGCCACGCCAGAGGGGUGUUCCGAAGCCUGUCGCAUGAUCCUUGAUAUCAUGCAGAAGGAGGCGGAUGAAACUAAAUCAGCAGAAGAGAUUCCCUUGAAAAUCCUAGCACACAACAGUUUGGUGGGGAGGUUGAUCGGCAAGGAGGGCCGCAACCUCAAGAAGAUCGAGCAGGACACAGGCACGAAGAUCACCAUCUCCCCCUUGCAGGAUUUAACCAUUUAUAACCCUGAGCGGACCAUCACGGUGAAGGGCAGCACGGAGGCGUGCUCCAAUGCCGAAGUGGAAAUCAUGAAGAAGCUGCGCGAGGCCUACGAGAACGACGUGGUGGCCGUCAAUCAACAAGCCAACCUGAUCCCAGGUCUGAACCUCAGUGCUUUGGGCAUCUUCUCGACGGGGCUGUCCAUGCUCCCAUCCACCCCAGGCGCCCGAGGGGCUGCAGCGGCCACCCCGUGCCACCCGUUUGCACAGCAGAGCGGUCGGAGGAGAACGAGCUCUGCGUACCUUUCGGGUCUGUACGGAGCCACCCCAGCUGGCGCCUUCCCCCAUCAGCACCCCCUGCCGGAGCAGGAGGUUGUGAACUUGUUCAUCCCGACGCAGGCGGUGGGGGCCAUCAUCGGGAAGAAGGGGCAGCAUAUCAAGCAGCUGGCACGGUUUGCUGGUGCCUCCAUCAAGAUCGCCCCAGCAGAAGGUCCCGAUGCCAGCGAGCGGAUGGUCAUCAUCACGGGGCCGCCCGAGGCUCAGUUCAAGGCCCAGGGGCGAAUAUUUGGGAAGCUGAAAGAGGAAAACUUCUUUAACCCGAAAGAAGAAGUGAAGCUUGAAGCCCACAUCAAGGUGCCUUCCUUCGCUGCCGGCCGCGUGAUAGGCAAAGGUGGCAAGACGGUAAACGAACUGCAAAAUUUAACUAGUGCAGAAGUGAUUGUGCCGCGAGACCAAACCCCAGACGAGAACGAGGAGGUCAUCGUUAAAAUCAUUGGGCAUUUUUUUGCCAGUCAGACUGCACAGCGCAAGAUCAGGGAAAUCGUACAGCAGGUGAAGCAGCAGGAACAGAAACACUCUCAGGGAGCCCCAGCCUCGCAGCACAGCAAGUGAGGCUCCCGCCGUGCCGGCCAGCACCGCCCGAUGAAUGUAACCCCGCCGCUGCCGUCGCCGGACCCCCCAGCAGGUCAGGGGAGCAAACCAAAGACCCCCCGAGCCCCCCCACCCCGUGGCCAGGGCGCUGCGAGGAUGUGCAGCGGAGGGGUACGGGGAGGGCUCUUUCCAUCCCGCAGCCUCCCCCUUACUCCGUCGCUUCCUGACGCUAUCCCUUUAGUUGGACUAACAUAGGCAGAGAGAUAUUUUUAUUUUUAAUUUCCUAAAAGCCACCUGUUUCAUCCAGGCACGGCGAGGGGGAGCUUGCCCGGCGUGGGGGGCUGCAGCGCACAGCGCUCCUCGAUUUUUAGAAUUAAUAUAUCGAUAAUGAAACUAACGCUGAUUUUUAAGUUUCGUAAGAAUUUUUUUUUUUUUAAUUCUUUUUUUAAUUUCAAAGGGGUCGGGGGAGGGGGAUGGUUGUUUUUAGCAAAAGCAGGCUUUUCUAGAGUUUUAAGGAAAGGAGCUAGUCCAUUGGUUCUCUAAUGCACAGUAGAGCAGAGAUGUAGGAUUGCCAGCAGGGGAAGAAAAAGAAAAUAUUAAAUGAGUGUUCAAAAGUGAUUUCUUAAGGGCUUUGAGAAGAGCAGUGCCUGUAUGAGCCAACAGAAGGGAUACCGUCUCCUAAAAGAGGAAUCUCUUUCACACACCCUUUCCUCUUUGCUUCACAGAGUCCAGAGCUGGGGUUUGCAUCCCUCCUGUCCCCCUCUCCGGCUGUCUGUCUGUCUGUCUGUCUGUCCGUACCCCCCCUCUCCCAUCACCGCCCGCCCCGCCGCGCUUGGCACCCGCAUCCCUGAGCAGGGAGCUCAGGGGACGGGUCCCCGCUGCAGGGAGAGGAGGGGACAAUGUGGGGAGGGGGAGAACCCAGCAGAUUGAUGAGAGGUUAUCAGCCCAGGGCUGGAAAAACUAGCAAAAUUUAAAAAAAAAAUAAAACAAAACACACAUACCCCCAUGACACACGCAUACACACACACACACAAAAACUACCUCAGGUUUUCGUACCUCAGCACCUUGCGCUUGUGUCUCCCUUUUAGAGAUUUUGUAUGCCUUGUAAAACUGAUAGUUGGAGCAUUUUUUUAUUUUUUUAAUAAAAAACAAGUUGGAAAACGAUCUUGACCAAGUCAGCUGUGAGGCAGGAGAAGGAAACCAUCCCACGUGUCCCAGAGCUCUUCUGUAGUCUCCUUCUGCUAGCUGAGAGCCAGUGGCUGUUCCUUCAGAGAAAGCUUGAGAAAUGUUUAAAAAGAAAAAAAAAAAAAGAAAAAAAACCCCAAACACCCACAAAACCCACCCCCAAACAUUAAAAAAAAAAAAAAAAAAGAGGGUAGAAAGAAAAAGAAGCCCAAUAACUGAAAGCGGUGAAACCUGACGGGCAAGAGGAGGGACAGAGCAGCGUGGCCCCGGCGUGUGCCGUGUGCUGGGUGAGGGGCCAGGGCCAGCGCCGGACCCCCGGGCUGCAACUUUUCCUCUACUGUGGAGUGUUCUGUGAAAAACCAACCCAGCAACAAAAACAGACGAAAAAAAGUGAAAUAUAUCCAGCUAACGAGCCUGA